AUGUUUUCCUUGUUUGGUCUUUUACUUCAUGAAGGGCCGCAUCAAAGACACGCAUCGCGUCAACCCAGAGAGUCGCAGAUCCGGGCGCUAUCUCCAAAAGGAAUCUUUUGCUUGAUAUACGAACCGAGCGUCAGUAUAAAUGCUCGCUGCAACAGAACACAGCCUGGCAUGGCUCAUCUCCUCCGCUCCCUCCUCGACCUCGUCUCCUCUGAGGACAACUUCCUCGUCCAAUACCUCAUUCUUGUCGGGGUCCUCUUUUGCGCAACUGGCCUGUUUGCACAACGGCUUCUCCCUCACAAGUGCAUCAGCGAUUUGGAGCGCAUGAUCAACGACGCCAAGGACGCGUUCGAUAGAGGGCAAGAAGAGCAUUUACUGCGCGAUCGCACAGUUCGUCAAAAGUUCAAGCAACGGCUAUCUUCAAUACAAGCACGAAAGGCCAUUCUCCGUUCAGAAGUCCUCGUGACCUAUGGACUGAGCUGUUCAGCCCGAGGGUACUUCUAUCUAUUCGGCGCCCUGGCACGGGAGGUGCGCAGCUGCCAAAAAGACGUCCAAAGUCUGCAUUUGGUAAUUUUGAAAGAGAUCGAAGAACAGCUCAAGGUGAUGCAUUUGGAGGAGGCCGACGACCUCAGGGCUAUUUUGGCGUCUAGCUCGUCUGCGGGGACGUGA